UUCCCCGGGGAGGGGCCGAGCAGCCGUGGGUUCCGGGUCGCAAACGGAAGUGGACGACGAAUUUGAAUUGUGCGAGCCGUUGGAUGGGGCUGAGCGGGUUGGGCGUACGGCAGCGCUGCGGUCGACGUGAGCGGUAACGCGGCGAGCCUGGGACUUGUGCCCCGCGCCUGGUGAAGACGUGCCCGGGGACAGACGGAGGUGUCACGGGCGGCCGGUAAAAUGAAUGAAAAUAAACCUGAUAAUUCACAAAGUCUUGCUUGUGUUUUCUGCCGAAAAAAUGAUGACUGUCCCAAUAAAUACGGAGAAAAGAAAACAUAUGAAAAAUGGAAUUUUAGUGUCCACUACUACUGCUUGUUAAUGUCAAGUGGAAUUUGGCAGAGAGGUAAAGAAGAAGAAGGAGUUUAUGGCUUCCUAAUAGAAGACAUCAGGAAGGAAGUCCAGAGAGCCUCCAAACUGAAGUGUACAGUUUGCAAGAAGAAUGGUGCUUCAAUUGGAUGUGUGGUACCCACGUGUAAACGAAGUUAUCACUUGCCUUGUGGACUUCAGAAAGAAUGUAUUUUCCAGUUCACUGACAAUUUUGCGUCAUUUUGCUGGAAACAUCGACCCGUUCAAGCAAUUACAUCUAAUAAAUAUAGUAGUUCUUUACCAUGUACUAUCUGUUUGGAAUUUGUCGAGCCUAUUCCUACUUAUAACAUACUACAAAGUCCCUGUUGUAAGAAUGCUUGGUUUCAUAGAGACUGUUUACAGGUCCAAGCAAUAAAUGCAGGAGUGUUUUUCUUUAGAUGUACACUAUGCAAUAAUACAGACAUCUUUCAGAAGGAGAUGUUGAGAAUGGGAAUUCAUAUUCCUGAAAAAGAUGCAUCCUGGGAAUUAGAAGAAAACGCGUAUCAAGAGCUGCUGCAGAGCCACGACCGCUGUGAUAUUCGAAGAUGUCACUGCAAAAAAGGCCGAGACUACAACGAACCUAACAGCAAAUGGGAAGUAAAGCGGUGUCAGAGUUGUGGUUCUAGUGGAACACACUUAGCCUGUUCCUCACUACAGUCUUGGGAACAAAAUUGGGAGUGUUUGGACUGUAGAAGAAUUACCUACACUUCAGAUUUCCAAAAGGCCCCCAAACACCCAUUAGCCAACUCUACUAAUGUGACAGUUACUGACUGCUUGUUGGAAGAGUCAUCAUCUAAGCUCCCCAGACAGUCAACUGUAGCCCAGCAUAAAGAACUACUGAGACUAAAGCAAGAAAUUCAGUUAUCAACCACAGCAUGUAUUUUUAGAAGACAGUCCUGUUUAACACAAAGGCAAGGCAGCAAAUUUAGGAGAGACAUUUCAACAAUAUUGAUAGAGUUAGGAUUCCAAAUUAAAAAGAAAACUAAGACAUUAUACAUCAACAAAGCCAAUGUGUGGAGGAGUGCCUUAGAGCAGUUCCAGAGCCAGAAGUUUAACCCUUCAUGCUCCAUUGACGUAGUGUAUGUUAAUGGCAAUGAGGUUGGAAGCCAGCAUCUUGGAUCAAAGCAGGAAUUUCUGAGUCACUUAAUGCACCAUCUUGAGAAUUCAUCAGUGUUUGAAGGGUCCUUGGCAAAGAACUUGUCUCUAAAUUCUCAAGCUGUGAAAGAGAAUCUUUACUAUGAAGUUGGCAAAAUGCUUGCCAUUUCUUUAGUUCAUGGUGGUCCUUCGCCUGGUUUCUUUUCUGAAACCUUGUUUAACUGCCUUGCUUAUGGACCAGAAAAUACUCUACCAACUUUGGAUGAUGUAUCAGACAUUGAUGUUGCACAGAUUAUAAUCAAGAUAGAUUCUGCAACUGAUUUAAACAUUUUAAAUUCAGUAAUAAGCCAACACUAUAACUACUUAGAGGUCAGUGGAUGUUUAAGACUUACGACAUCAUUAAGUGAUAAAUUCAUGUUGGUAAAAGACAUCCUUUUCUACCAUGUAAUUAAUAGAGUCAAGGCACCUUUUGAGAGUUUUAAACAGGGUCUGAAAACGCUUGGUGUUUUAGAGAAAAUUCAAACUUACCCAGAAGCAUUUUAUAAGAUCCUAUGUCAUAAACCUGAGAAUCUCUCUGCAAAAAACCUCAGUGACCUCUUCACAAUUCACUCGGUAGCGGACGUACAGACUUUGAGGUUUUGGAACAGUUACUUAAAGGCUAUAGAGGAUGGUAAAUCUGCAACAACGAUGGAAGAUAUUCUUAUUUUUGCAACUGGCUGUAGUUCUGUCCCACCAACUGGAUUUAAACCCUCUCUGUCAGUUGAAUGUCUACAUGUGGAUUUUCCUGUUGCAGACAAAUAUAGAAACCAUUUAGUUCUACCAGCCACCAACACGUAUGAAGAGUUCCAAGAAAAUAUGGAUUUCACCAUAAGAGACACUCUAAGAUUAGAAAAGGAAGAAAGGUCUCACAUACUACCUCGGACAUUAAAUGUUUCUUCUAAUGAAGAAAUGCUUAUUUAAAGGCUGCUAUUGAUACCUAUUUUUAUUAAUCAUCACUUUUGAACAUUCUGGCCAGCUUCUUGGCACAACAAAAUUUAUAACUUUCUCAUAAAGGGAUGGUUUGGCUUCCGAACCACUGAAGGUUUGGUUAAGGCCUUCUAGUCAUGUUUGGUGAUAGCUUUCUAUUACUGUGUUGCCUUCGUAACACCAAUAUGAAUAUUUUCUAUUACUGUGCUUUCUUGAUAACUUCAUAUAUUUUUAGAAUGGUUGUACAAACCGUUCAACUGUACAGGUGCUCGGCUAUAUUAGCAUGACCUAUGAAAAACUGUUUUCUCGAUUUUUUUUUUUUAAAUUAGAAAUAUUUUUUUAGGAUGACACUCUCUAGUUUUGUGCAGCUAUCAGAUUUGUUUUGUUUUGUUUGUUCUCCUUUACUGUUUGUGGUUUUUUUUGUUUGUUUGUUUUUUGUUUUUUUGUUUGUUUUUCUCUACAUAGUCCUGAUUGUCUUGGAACCUGUCUAUGUAGAACAAGCUGUCAAAUUAAAGCAAUAAAUAGAAAAGUUGGCUAAGUCAUCUCAUAAAUCAGAGAUAUUUUUUAAUGUUUUGCAAUUAAGUGACCAAUAUAUCAAUUAAAUGACUGAUUGUAAAUAGUCUAUUAAAAGCAAGGCUUUACAAAUAUCUCUAGAACCUAUGUGUCCUCCUUAAGCUUAAAAUCAUGGCUGUGGGGUUUUCAGGUGUGCUUGAAAAUCCCUUAGAAAGCACAGACUAUUUAUGUUCUUUAGUAGUCAGAAUGUCUCAUGCUUGAAACCAUCUAGGUGUCUGAAGAGUCUCUGGACCAUCAUGGUUUCGCGCCAUAACUGCUAUUUAUUAUUACUAAGAUUGUUGUAUGAUUGGUAAGAUCUCACCAUAGCAUUCUAUAGUUACCUUCUUUUGCUUUCAAAAGAUAUACAUUGUAUAAUCAAUGAAUGAAUUAUAAUUUAAAACUACAAGUUAAAAGAAAUACUCUAAUUUUGCCACAUAGAGAUAAAUAAUGUAUUUUGUAUAUUCUUUAUAAACUAUUUAUUUUUCAAUUUUUAUUGUGUUAUGACAGGGUCUUUCUAUAGAGCUCAACUGUUCUAAAUUUGCAAUCUUCCUGCCUUAUAGUCAUUUAGGUGCUGGGAUUAUGACGUAUAUCAAUGUGCCUAGCAAUGUUUAUUUUUUGAUAUGAAUGCUGUAAAAGAGUAACAAGAAACCACGUAAUAAAAUCAAGAUAUGUACAGUCUCAUCUCAAGGCACGACAUCACUCUCUUGUAAUCCGUGCCCCGAGAGACUAAGGCAAGAGGAUCAGGAGUGAUAACGCAAGUUUAAAACCAUCCUGGCCUACAGGAUACCCUGCUCAGUAAAGAAAGAAAUAAGGACAUGACCCACUCAUGGUAAUGUCUUCACACAUUAACACAAAGUAUGUGUUAUCUGUUGGUCAUGUAUUGUUUACUCCUAAGAAACACAAGAUUUAAAAGGGACUUAGAUCCCUUAAACAACAGGAUUGACUUGGUAUUGACAAUGCCCUUCUUAAUGCCAAAGGAAAACUCAGUUGUCAUCAUAGUGCCAUUUUCUUGGUUGCAUCAGAACCUUCCAAGUUGUACUUAAGAAAACUAAUAGUUUCUCUUUAUCUUGAGCAUUUCUUUAUCUUGUGUUACAUUUUGCUGGAUGUUUCGAAAGUAAUGAAGUGGGCCAUCAUAAUUUAAAUCUUAAACUCAAUAGACACCUUUUAUUUCAAGUGUGUUGAUAAGUUGGAUCUUUAUGUUUUAACCUGUUUAAUUCCAGCUGGGGAGAUGGCUCAGUGGUUAACAGCACUGUCUGCCCUUCUAAAGGUCAGGAGUUCAGUCCUGAGCUAUGUGCAAAAUGUUUAAUUCCUACAGAGUUUUAAAGGCUGUUAAAUCCAUACAACUCCUAAAUGCUAUUUUUUCAGCUUUUAGUUUGAGGGGUUUUUGUUUGUUUGUUUUUUGUUUUCCCCUAAGAUAAAGCGAACACAGCCUUCAUAAAACAUAGGGUGGGAUUAUGGAGCCUGGGACUGGCUGGCUACAAGUGAUUUUAUUCCACUUACUCUAGGUAAGACAAUGGCCUUGUUGGUGAGAUGGUCUAAAUAUUAACAGGAUACUUACUUCAAGUGAAACAUCAGAUUUCAAGAUGUCUUCUGGUUCAAACCUGUUUUGCAUGGUUUCUAGAUCAGUCUCUAUACACUUGAGGCUUAUCAGAGAAACUGCAGUGUUACUGCGUCAUGCUUGUAAUGUUCCCAUUCUGUUUUAUAGUAUAGUUCUCACAUUAACAUACUUAGCUUCAAAAUUAUGAAGGAACAGUUUUAUGUUUGGUUAAGUAAAAACCCAGAACUAGCGUGGUCUCUGUUGUCUGCAUUUAUGCUUCCCCCUAAUUAUAUUGGAAGCUUUUGGAACUUGCACAUUCAGUGUUUAUAAAGGGGUGUAUAAUGAGUUUUUCCUAUGACUUUGCUUUAGUGUUUAGUCAUAAGAAAGUGGUAAGAACUAGACUCUGUUGAUAAAACAUGGUUACUAUUGCAUAUUUGUUAUGCUUCAGGUAAUGCAGUGUAAAUCAUUAAACACAUUUAAUGAUGAAUUAUUUGAAUUUAUAUUAUCUGUAACUUGGGAAAUUUUGUAGUCCUUAAAAGAGACCCAGUUUUCAAGUUCUAUUUUUGACCACCUUCAAAUAUACUCCACUACCCACUGUAUAUUAGAAUCUGUGUAGAAGUAGUUUAUAAGUCGGCCUGUUUAAAAUAUAUCAAAACAAAUACUGCUGGGGAUUUGGCCUGGUAGUAGAAUGGUUUGCCUAGCUAGUAUGUGGAAGGCCUUGGGUUUAAUUUUAAAGUAUGACCAAAACAUUAAAAAAAAAAAAAAGCAUGAACAUUUAACAAUAACAUUUCUAAGUAAAUGUUUUUAUGCCACUAAAAUGUGAAGUUGUGAAGUGUUCAUAUAAACUAAAUAAAUGUGUUGGGAAUCUUGAGACAGAAAGGCAGAAUAGCACUGUUCCUCAAGGAGGGAAGUCAAGGCAGGAGUCUGCUGGUGGGGGUUGAUACAAAGUGAUUGCUGCCUACUGCCUUGCUUUCCAUGGCUUGCUCAUUUGCUUUCUUACAGAAGCCAAGGCCACUAGUCCAGGGUGGCACUGCACACGGGCUGGGCCCUUCCCAUUCGCCACUAAUUAAGAAAAUGCCUUUCAGGGUUGCUUACUUCCUGGUUUCAUGGAGCCAUUUUCUCAGUUGAAGUGUUCUCUGCUUGCAUGUCUCUAGCUGUGUCAGGCAUCUAAUAAGGAUGGGGUGGUCUUUUAGUGCAGAUGUGUUUCUUUUCCUUUUUAUUAGUAUGUAAUUGUUUAAAACAGGCUGUCACGACACAUGCAUACAUGUGUGUAAUGAGCUUUGGUCAUACUCCCCUUCUUGCCUCAUACUGAACCCCUUCCCUAUUUCCAGGAUUGUCUUAAACAAGUAGUCCAUUUACGAGGCUGAUGUUAUUAAAGUGGGUAAGAUCCAAAAUCUUUACUCUUCUUGUCUGAGAGCUCCUUGAACUCAAGAAACAAACUGUUUUUAGCAAAUUUUCUAAGAUAAAACUAUCCCUUGAUGUUCAAUUAUUUAAACCAAAAAAUCUGGAGUUAAACAGCUACAAUAAAUCUAACUCUGAAGUCAUGAUUUUUAUUCUUAUAAUCAACAUUAAUAUCAUUCUUGGUCGUAGCUUUGCAGGACUGUUCUAUAUAGUUACUCUUCUAAUGAAUAUAUAUAUCUUUAUGUUUACUCCCCACAUUACACCAUUGGACAGAAACAUGCACACUGUAUAAAUGUCUUAGUAUUUUAUGAUAAUGUGCCUUAUAGUCUUGGAAGGAGUUAGUAUGGAACUUAAAUGGUCAAAUGACAAAUUUGUACUUAAAAGUGGGGAUUCUCAGGUGAGUAAGAUUAAACUCACUGGAAGGUGGGAAAGCCAUUCUGCUCAAGAGUCCAUGGACACCAGAAUUGAGAUACUUCCCCUAGGGCACAAACUGGUAGUUAUAGAUAACCUGUUGUAACUUUAUAAAAAUAGGUAUCUACAUCUGUCAAAUGUGUUUUUAUUGUAAAAAAAAUGCAAUCUUGAUUUUAAAAAAUAAGAUAAAUUAUUUGUAUAAUUUUGAAAGCCAAAUUUUUGAAAGUAUGAUUUCAUUUCAGAAUCUGACUGCCUGAGAAUUAAUCCAUAAUGCAGUGUCAUCGGUGGGUUCAUUGAUUGGUAAUAAGUUGUCAUUGUAUAUAUUUUUGACAUUAAUAAAAUCUAUUAUGAAAAUGG